AAUUUAAUUCUGGCAGUUUCCAUUUUCUACCGCUAGAUGACUAAGCAUUUUGAAGUCCACGAAAUAAAUUCUUUUUAUUUUUCGCAUAUUAAGUCUUGAAUUUAUUCUGAAAUCAUUUCCCUAAUUUUAUUGUCAUCGUAGAACAAUUUGCGAGCAUAAAUAAAGCGUAAAAAUGCUUUAUUUUACGGAAAAUCGCAAUUUUAGACUUCGAUAGUUUCACGUUUGACCACUAGAUGGCAUUAGUGGUACUAUUUUUCGAAAGUUCGCGCGUAAAUAUAAAUUUUUAAAAACAUUUAAAAAUGAAACAUUUAGAAUUCAUUAACAGCCUAUAGUUAAUUUCUUAUCAGAAAGUGUUUCUACAAGCUUGCUUUUACAACUGAGUAUUUAUUUAGAAAGAUUGUAUUGCAUAUAGUUCAGUGUAGAUUAGGUAUUACUCAUGUAAUGAAUGCAGGGACUUUUUUUCUCUAAUCGCCAUUCACUCUAGGAAAGCCAGCUUGCACUUGAGUAGGCAAAUACACAACUAUUUUAUUUAGUUCCCCACCUGUGGAUAAUGACACUUUUGAAGAUAGUUCGAAUAAUAUUUGUGUGCGGUGAAUUCGAAAAUUAACCGUGUAAAAAUUAACAGAUACACAGAUGGAAUAAUGAUGGUUGACGUGGAUCUAAUUAAUAUAUAUGUACAUAAUGAUAUAUUCCCAUAUCAAAACACUUGAAAAUUGUACUUUUGUGUUUUGUAGGCGUAUACAUUACACACACAUACAUGAAGCAUGUAAUUGUAUCAUUGCGCGAACACACAUGAGCCACGUGUCUAUGACGUUACCGUAUUUCUUUGGAUUCAUGCGCGACGCAUCGCUCAAACAUUAUUUACCACGAGUGAAAUACUAAGAUUUUUUACGUCAUUUGAAAUCGUUGCUUCUUUAACAUGGAUUAUAAAACAUUGCAGUCAUGUUUUCGACAUAAAUAGACGUGUUUAUAUACAUAUAUGCAAUAUGUAUAUGCAUGCAUGUGGGUACACAUAAACUCCGCAUUGUUUUCGUUUGAAACAUUGUGCCGUGUGAUGUUUGGGUUUACAAUGAUUAUUGUUUUGGAUCGUAAUCUUACACGCAUGGAUGGCAGCGUUAAGUUUUGUCAAACUGACAGUAAUAUUCAACACGAUAUUACAGUGUUAUAUACAUGGCAAAACAAAUUAAGGUUUACGAUCAAGACUACCGAAGAUUCGUAAGGAUCAUUAGCGUUGGAACAAUAUGUACAAUCAAAUGAUUACUCAUUGGAAGAAAGUAUUUAAAUUAUGAAAUAUUGUCCUUUGUAUGCAUAAACCUUGGAUCUCCUUUUCGAAGGGUGUUGGAUUUUAAUUUUCUUUAUUUAAAACCAAUUGACAAUCUGUUUCGUUAACAAUGAGAUUCAAUUUACUUAUAUCAAUUCUUUUGAUGACCACUACUUUGUAUGCCUCUGUUGUCGAAGAAAGCGAGGAAUCGGGACCACAGACAAAUCAUGUUCAGGCAUCCUUGGAACAAGAACACGAACAUAGACAGUAUACAGAAUUGAUAUCCGAGCAAGAAGAUCCUCUGUUGAUGUUUUCUACUUUGGAUGGCUUUCUUAUUGGCAUAGAGCAACGUUCCGGAAAAGUGCUUUGGCAGCAAAGAGAUGAACCUAUUGUUAAAGUACCGCUUGAUUUGGCAACAACUUCUACGCCUAUGUUUUUACCUGAUCCAAAAGAUGGUUCCUUGUACAUAUUUGGAAAAGAAACCGAAACUCUUAAAAAGCUACCAUUCACCAUUCCACAACUUGUAGCAAGUAGUCCUUGCCGUAGUAGCGAUGGAAUAUUCUAUACCGGUAGAAAAAUUGAUACUUGGUUCGGAGUUGAUCCGCGAACCGGGGAAAGGGAGCAAAUUCUUGGAUUUGAUAAGGUUAAAAAUACUUGUCCUCUCGAAAUGCAGAAUGCAGUUUUUGUUGGACGUACCGAAUACAAUAUCAUGAUGGUAGAUAGCAAACAAAAGAAUCGCAAGUGGAACGUUACAUUUUACGAUUAUUCUGCUACGAAGAUGGAAUCCGAUGGAAUAGAAGAUUAUGAAUUGGUACAUUUUACAACGAGUUCGACCGGACGCAUUGUUACCGUGGAUAGAAGAUUGGGAGUCGUUUUAUGGGAACUCGAUGUACAGAGUCCAGUAAUAGCGGUGUACAUUGUAGAAGAAGGUGGAUUACUAACAGUUCCUUUUACCAGCGUCGCGGACGAAACUUUGGAUUUGCUUCUGAAACGUUUUGCAAAGAAACCAAGCGACAUUCAGUUAUUUCCAAUGUUGUACAUCGGCCAGCAUAGACACGGAUUGUAUGCUUUACCUUCUCUCGUCGAUUCGUCAACGGCUACGACGGGUGACACUGGACAAUUGCUGCUCGAAGGUCCGUUAUCGGUCCCUCGGUUAAGCGAAAACAGUGACAAGAAUGAUCCUUUAUCGAACGAUCGCAUACGUGUCACCAACACCGAUACUUCUACUCAAAUGGAAUAUCAAACCGCUAUACGUUUAGGUUAUUACGAAAUACCGGCUGAAUAUAAAUUACAAGAUCAACAGCCGCUUCAAAUUACCGGCCGGUCCGAUCCCGUGAUUGAAACAUUGCCUCCACGGUUCUUGAACACAACGAGAAAACCAUCUUCGUUUGGCCUGCAAGCCGAUCAUGAAUCAAACAAUGACGUGACCAGCAAAUCUUGGCACGAGAUGCUGCGGAGUACUUACACCACCAGCAAAAGUUGGUUUAGCCAGCAAGAAAAUAAAGGACUAAAAUUAACAUUGGUCUUAUUGCUAGGAUGCAUACUAGUAAUGUUUUGGUAUUUGAACGCACAAUUUAAAGAAUUUCAACAACUUUCACAGCAGAGUUCCCGAGGGAGCAAUAGAAGCGUUGAUUAUUAUGGAUCAAACGCGUUGCUCGCAGUCGCAGAGGACAUGGGCGAAGGAGUAGUGAAAAUUGGAAAGAUAACUUUUGAUACUAGCCAAGUUUUAGGCAAAGGAUGCGAGGGAACGUUCGUGUAUAGGGGUGAGUUCGACGGCCGUUCAGUGGCGGUGAAGCGUUUAUUACCGGAUUGCUUCACCUUCGCUGAUCGAGAAGUGGCGUUGCUCAGAGAAUCAGAUGCCCACGCGAACGUGGUGCGAUAUUUCUGCACAGAGCAGGAUAGAAUGUUCAGGUACAUCGCUUUGGAAUUAGCCGAAGCGACCGUGCAAGAUUACGUUGCCGGCAAAUACGAUAGGCGGAAGAUAUCCGUGAAGAGUAUUUUGCGCCAGGCAACGGCGGGUCUGGCUCAUUUACAUUAUCUCGAUAUAGUGCACAGAGACAUCAAACCACACAAUGUGCUGCUGUCGACGCCUGGACCACGCGGAGAAGUUAGAGCCAUGAUAUCCGAUUUCGGCUUAUGCAAGAAACUUCAACUAGGUCGUGUGUCAUUUUCGCGUAGAUCCGGUGUAACUGGAACGGACGGUUGGAUCGCACCAGAAAUGCUAAACGGAAGCAGAACAACUUGCGCCGUGGACAUUUUUUCUCUUGGCUGUGUUUUUUAUUAUGUUCUGUCCGAUGGAAAACAUCCGUUCGGAGAUCCGUUACGACGACAGGCUAACAUUCUUGGUGGAGAAAGCGAUUUAUCGGCUCUUCACGAUGGAAUCUCCCAAAGCGAUAAAGAACUGGCGUUAGUGCUUAUUAAAGCCAUGAUCUCUAGUAAUCCAUCAGAACGACCGCCUGUUACGGCCGUUCGUGAUCAUCCGAUAUUUUGGGAGUCUGUCCGAGUUCUUGGAUUUUUCCAGGACGUAAGCGAUCGUGUAGAAAAAGAGCAGGCUGAUAGUCCGGCAUUGAUUGCGUUGGAAACCGAUAACCAUCGCGUUGUACAGGGAGACUGGAGGCUUGUGAUCGACGUACAAGUUGCAACAGAUCUUCGAAAAUAUAGAAGUUAUCGAGGCGAAAGUGUUCGGGAUCUAUUGAGAGCAUUGCGAAACAAGAAACAUCACUACAGAGAACUGAGUCCACAGGCGCAAGAAAGCCUCGGAGAUAUUCCCGACAAGUUCACCGAUUACUGGCUUUCUAGAUUUCCUUGCUUACUUUCGCACGUUUGGUGCGCGAUGCAAGCAUUCAGAGAGGAAUCAACGCUGAGGGAUUAUUACCACGUUGAUUAUGCGUUCGUGACUACUUGCAGUUCAGAGUCGAGAGGAAGAAUUAAUAGCAUACGUUGUACCACCGAUACGUUAUCACAAACAUCCUGGAGAGUCCGCGAUAGUAUCGACUGGAGUCCUAACAGAACACGUUAUCGUGGUCAACGGAGGAAACAAGAGAAGAAAAAGACGAACGUACCAAUUACGUGGACUUUGCCAUCGAGCUAGUGAUCGAUAAAGUCGUCGAUUCGAAUCAACGCAUCGCAUUAACUCAUACGUUGCGCUAUUGUACGGUUGAAGCAAACUAAUUUGUUUCUUUCAAUCAUACGACAUGAGUCAUUGUGUGUGUGCGUUCGGACACUAAUAUCGUAUGUGCUCUUUUAAUAAAGGAACUGUCAUAUGAACAGGUGCAAAUAUUUGUAAAUAUAACAGAGAUACUAACGACGAACGAAUGUUUGUAAACGAAAAAUUACCGUGAUAAUAAAAAUAAUUAUGAUAAUAA